GACCUUGGAGAGUGCAGGAUGGAAGUAAGCCUGCUGCCACCCUCGCCUCUGCCCCAUCAGCUUCUAAAUAUGGGUCUGCCCUCCCCAAACCCAUCACACUCAGGGCUCAGGUGACACUCAGGGCUAUUUUUAGCGGGUGAAUGGAGCUGUGCUGAAGCCCAGCUCUCUGCCCCCGUCAAGGGUACAGCAUCAUGUUGUGCCGGGAGGAUGUUCCAGAGUGGCUCUUUGAAUGGCUCGGCCACCAGCUGAGGUUGUGGCACAGGCAUGGAUAACUUCGAGUACAGCAUCCAGCUAAACGACAGGGACUGGGCUGAAUUCUUCCAGGCGGCCGAGGAGUGCAACCUAGUGCCGGCCUCCCUGGCCACGGCGGAGGAGCAGUGUCUCAGUGACAUUGAGCAAGGGGACGGCGUGCCCGCUCCGCGCAGCGCCAGCGCAGACGGGGAGCUGGCAGCAGGGCCGGGCAGCGGGCCAGGGGCUGGCAGGGCAAGCUGCUCCCCACGUGGGGUGCCCGGGGCGGACGAGGACGAAGCGGACCCGUGCUCAGCCGGCAGCUUUCUGCGUGGGAGCGACCAGCCCGGCUGCCCGCUGCCCGCUCCCAUGCCCAGCGCGCAGGGCACCCAGCCGCCCCGUCCUCCUGUGGCCGAGAGCAUCCCAGGGCAGGAGGCGGCAUGCGAGGUGGCAGCACCACAGAUGGCAUCAGGGGAAGGAGCCACCACCAGCAGCAGCAGCAGCAGUGGGGCCAUGGAGCCUGCCGGCCACCCCGCUGCACCCCGUGCCCCUCCGCACGGAGGGGAUGCCGGGGGGGAGCAGCCCCGUGGAAGCCCAGUGGCGGCACAAACGGGUGCCCCGGAUGCUUCGGUGAGGAAAAGGCUUAGUACAGCUGCCUGCGUGGAGCCUGGGGUGCAGGGACCCCCUCCCAGCCUACCCCCCAGCCCUGCCCCGGAGGCUGCUCCCAGCUGCCCAGCACGGCCCCCAGACCCUGGGCAGAAAGUGGGGCCGGAGCCCAGCUCCCCGGAGGUGGUGAGACCCAAGGUGCCAGCACAGACGAGGAAGAGCCGUAAGCAGCGUGGAGCUGGUGCCGCCGAGGUGACCCCGGUGGACAGGGAGCCAGGGGGGACCCCGUCACAGGGCAGCGGGGCGCCCACCAGGGCACCAUCGUCCUCCCCGCUGACUUCGAGGAAGAGCAAAGGGAAGGAGAAGGCGGCCAAGCCGGCACCCGUGCGGCUGGGGAGCGAGGAGGCAGCGGAGAGCAAGCGGCCAGCAGCCAGCCCUGGCACGGAGGAGGGAGAUGUGCCCGCGAGCACUCCCCCGAAACAGAAGGCGAAGGAGCCAGGGACACAGUCCCCAGGGAAGACGAGGGCCCCCAAGCUCCCCAAGGCAGGACAGGCAGGGGGCUCGGGCGUGCGCAGCGAUGUGCCGGUGAUUCUUACCACCGCAGCCCCAGACCCUCCGGGAGAGGUGUGCCAGCAGGGGAAGGAUCUCCGUCCCCAAAGCGUGGCCACUCCUGCAGGGGAUGCUGCCGGGGGGAGCCCUGGGGAGCCUGCAGCCGAGCCCCCCAUGGAGGUGAGCGCCCCAGGCUCUGCAGCAGGGGGCUGCGCGAGGGCAAAUUCUCUGGAUGUGACUUGGCCCGAGAUGUACGACUAUUUGUUCUGUGACUCCCAAGGGGAAGAAGAAGCAAUGGGGAACUCGGUGGAGGGCGAGAAAACACCCUUGGAAAGGGAAAUAUCCUUGCCUGAACUGUAUGAAUAUUUUUUCAAUGAACCUGAAGGAAACAGGAAAAAAGUCAAGGGUAAAGAGAGGAAGCGAAAGAAGUUGAGCAGCUUGGACCACGAUCAGCAGAAAGAGGAACCCGACCUGGCGCUGGUCAAAGAGCCCCAGGCUGCCACAGUCCCGGAGCUGUACGAACACUUCUUUCCCGACAGGUCUCGGAACAGGGGGAGCUGGCGGGGGCUUUUCUUCACCACGCCAGCCUCCGAGGUGAAGAAAGCCAUGGGGGCUUUGAGGUCCUUCCUGCAGAGGCCGAUGCACCUGGGCAGAGGCCAAGUGCCGGUGCAGCCGGCUCUGGUGCGGAGAGGAUCCGGAGAGCCGCUCGCCCUCGUGCCGCUGGGAAGAGGCCAGGCGCAGCCCCAAGCUUUGGACAUGGCCCUUGCCCUGAGAGGGAUACCCGAGGCCCCGCUGCCGCUGACCCACAAGGACAUGUGUCUCGUCUUCUGCGCCUUCGCCUCCUGGGCGGUGAAAACCUCCGACCUGCAGGCUCCGGACGCCUGGAAAACCAUGUUCCUGGCGAGCUUUGGCACGCUGUCCGCCAUCCGCUACUUCCGACGGCAGGCCAGAGAAGGACGCCCGCGGACCUAGCCCCGGCGCACGCAGGAGGUGCUCCCCCCGGGACGGGCGAGGAUGGAGGAGGCAGGGGCCAGGCACCUCGUCCUUGGGCAGCGUGGGAAGCCUGGACCCCAGCACCGAGACUUCUCUGGACCCAUCCCCAAAAGGGACAGGGUGUCACAGGAAGCAGGAUCCUUCCCGUGACGGUCGUUGGCAAUACGGUAGGCGGUUUGUACCUGUACUGGACACAAGAGGAGCCCGGCGUGGGCUGGCUCGGUUCUUUCUUUGCACACUUCUUGCAUCCUCGUGCCAUCUGCUAGGAGUAGUCAUGGUGUCUGGCCCGGGGCGCUGCUCGCCCGUCCUCCCCGCUGAGCUCACCUGGGGGCUGGAGGGAGCAGCAGAGGGAGGAGGGAGCCAAAGAAGCCAGGAGAAGGGCUUCGUGUCCUACAAAAGGGUUGGGGGGGAGGCGAGGAGAGAGCUGGGGAAGAGCUGUCUCUGCCCCAGCACGGCGCUUUGCUAAGAAGAUGCCGCAGCAAGGGGACGGAGGAGAGCAGGGAGGGGGGCUGAGCACAGGGAAGAGCCCUGGCAAGGACAGGAGCUUGUUGGAGAGGACACGGGACGCAGGCACUUGGCCAGCCAAGGGUCUAGGUGUUCCACUUGGGGCCUCUGCUGCCUCCCGUCCUAGGAACAUGAAACGGGAGGGGAUGGAGGGUGAGCGUGGGGCUUUGUGGGGCCGGGGGUGAGACCCGGCACGGAAGGGGGUGGAAAACACCAAGGAGGUGGUUUGAUUUCUUCGCUGUCUCAAGCGCCUUCCUGGGACCCAAGGGCAUUAUUCGUGAGGGUUUUCUGCACUCCCAAGUCUGGCAACAGCACAAACGUGAGAUUUGUUAAGCACUUAGGGACCAGAUCCACAAAGGUACCGGGGGGAAACGUGCCCCAGAUGCCUGUGUGGGUCUGCCUAUGAGCUUUGUAGGAGCAGUAAGGAUUUGUCUUCUGGAACAGAGGAGAGGUUCGGCUCUUUCCUUGAAAUGCAGAGUGCCAUGCAAUUUUAAUGUGUGUGGGGUUGCACUUAAGACCAUGUAUUAUUGCAGAUAAGAGAGCACACGGUGGUUGCACAGUGAGACACGUAGCAGUAGGUGGUAAGGGGGAUGUGCAGGCUCUACAUGGACUACAGUAGCUGUACGUUGAGUAGGAAGAGUUUUGUGGAGGAAGAGAACAUAUUUAAUAUGCUGAAAGCUUCUAAUAAAGAUCUAUCCCAUUUAACA